AUAAUUGAUGGGUAAAAUAUUAGUAUACAGUUUGCUUGUGCUUAGACUUCAGUCUUUUGCCAGAUGUUAAACGUAACAGGUGACACUGACAACUAAGAGAAGCAGUGGCCAACAACGUUCAUCAUGGGUGGCAUAAAGUUCAUGUUGGGAGUACUGAUUCUGGCUGUAUGUGUCAGGGAAAGUGUUUCACAGAUCGCUGUACAGAAUUUUACCUCAUAUGCAAAAGCGUGCAGUGAUUGCAACUCAACAACAAGUGCUGAUUGUAACCCGAAGACAGGUUAUGUAUUGUGCUCCUGUAAGUCUGGUUUUCUCGGAGAUGGCCUGAACUGCACAAAGUAUGUGUUUUGUGACAGCAAUCGGUGCUGCCCACAAGGAUACACCUGGAAUAGUGCAAAAAAACAAUGCUUGGAUAAUAAUGAGUGCAGCAGUGAAAGUACAAAUGAAUGUCUUGGUAAAUCCUUCUGCAAUAAUAGGAAUGGCAUAUACCUGUGCAGUGACCCUAAAAACCCUUCAUGUCCUGAUGCUCCCUGCGACGCUGGUUACGAUUGUGAUAAAACUGUACUUGCCAACGGUGCCGUUUCUUUAAGUUGUAUUGAUCCCUGUAAUAAUUACAAACAGAUAGAUGGCUCAAACAGACUAUUUACUAUCGACUCAACCAGAAGAUUCCCAACCGACCGAAACCUUUAUGGUUGGUACCGUUACAACAAUGGCCUAGGGCUGAAGGUCGGGUGUGUUGGUUCCUUAAAAUGUGGUUCCCUAACACCUCUUUCUCUGAGUAGCCAGCCAAUUCUUAAUGGAACCAUCCAAUCUAUAAGUCUUAUCAACAAUGGAUUAGCAAGCUGCACGCCGGGACAAUCUAUUCUCACGAAAGCCUGCUCUGAAGGGUUCUAUGUCUACAAAUUUAACGGGCUUUUAAAUUUCGACGUGUAUUGCACAGAAUUGCCGCCUAUCCCCACACCUCCUAGUACUACAGUUAGUACCACAACCACUACAACGCAACCAACAACUAUUACUACAAUCCCUACAACACAACCAACAACUGUUGCCACAACCACUACAACACAACCAACAACUAUUACUACAAUCCCUACAACACAACCAACAACUAGUACUUCAACCCCUACAACACAACCAACAACUAUUACUACAAUCCCUACAACACAACCAACAACUAUUACUACAACCCCUACAACAGAACCAACAACUAUUACUACAACCCCUACAACACAACCAACAACUAUUACAACCCCUACAACACAACCAACAACUAUUAUUACAAUCCCUACAACACAACCAACAACUAUUACUACAACCCCUACAACACAACCAACAACUGUUACUACAACCCCUACAGCAGAAACAACUAGUACUACAAUCCCUACAACAGAACCAACAACUGUUACUACAACCCCUACAACAGAACCAACAACUGUUACUACAGCCCCUACAACAGAAACAACUAGUACUACAACCCCUACAUCAGAACCAACCAGUACUACAACCCCUACAUCAGAACCAACCAGUACUACAACCCCUACAACAGAACCAGCUAGUACUACACCCCCAACAACAGAACCAACAACUGUUAUUACAACCCCUACAACAAAAACAACUACUACUACAAACCUUACAACAGAACCAACAACUGUUACUACAACCCCUACAACAGAAACAACUAGUACUACAACCCCUGCAACAGAACCAACAACGGUUACUACAACCCCUACAACAGAAACAACUAGUACUACAACCCCUGCAACAGAACCAACAACGGUUACUACAACCCCUACAACAGAAACAACUAGUACUACAACCCCUGCAACAGAACCAAUCAGUACUACAUCCCCUACAACAGAACCAACUAGUACUACAACCCUUACAACACCCCCAACAACUGAUACUACAACCCCUACAGAACAAUCAACAACUAGUAGUACAACCACUACUCCUACCACUACAUCUAUUUCCACCUUUACACCAGGUGCAGGCAUUACAACAGUUACAUCCGAGACCACCACAGCAUGUCUUAACACAACUUUACCAUCACCUGUAAUACCAACCACACAUUUCUAUAAAGAAGAGAAUAUAACCGUUACGACAGUGAAAAGCAGAAGUGUAUUAAGUGUUCGAAUUUUAUCACAGGUGAUUAACAACAAAGAGGUUAAAAGUCUAGAAAUAAAUGAAACCACAAUAGUCAAUAUUGAGAUGAAGACCAUCAGCCAUAGCAAAGUCCACACUAAAAUUACAAAAUCCAUUUCUCCAACCUCGUUCCUGAUUAUUGUUGGAGAUUCGGAACCAAAGUCAUUUAGUAACAACACAGACACCAGCAUAACCACUUCUGAAACCACACUUCCAAAUACAGAGCCAUUUACACGUGAUUCAUACUGCAGUAAACCAGCUCAGACCAACACCAUCACCGAAACCUCUGCAAUUGCUGGUAACACCUGCUCCAAGGUCACUUCUGCUUCUGCGACCACCACCAUUACCACAACUGAGGAAGUCAUUGUGCUGGGUCCGGAUGGCUUUUCCAAGAGCUGCAAUUACUUCUAAUUCUGGUAUACAUGAUGUAUUUGUUACAGAUGGGACUAUAGCAGACUACACACCAUUUUCUAUGAUACUAACACAGCUAUUCUAAAUGUUUGCAGUUACUUUUACGGAUGAUUUACACUUUAGUGAUCUGUUGUGGUGCAAAUGCAGCGCCAUAAUAGAUCUAAAAAUGCAUAUGAUCCUUUUUUAUAGCAACACAGAGCACCACAAUGCAUGGCGUUGCGAUACAUUAUGCAUUGCCAUGUACUGUACAAUGCAUGGGUGUGGCAUUAACAAUGAGUGGCACAUUGCACAUUGCACAUAGAGCAGCUGUGUUGCUGAGUGUGUGCUUUAUCAAGUGUUGCCACACAGCACAACUGUUCAUGGGC